UGCAGGGCACCUCAUCUUGUAUCUGGGAACUCAGGAAGCUUUUAUUUAAGACCCUAGUGUUGCCCUCGGCGAAUGCAAUUGGAAGCGCAAGAAUGAUGCUUUCUGACUGUCAAUCUGCUGCAGCCAUGGCUUCCCAGGGAUCUCGUCUGCGCUCAGCCGUGGGCAUCAUCAUUAGUUUCAUCCUCGUCUGGUUACCCACGACGUGUGCCCCUGGAUUCAUGAGCGAUGGGGUAGGCGGGCGACGGCCGUUCGAGUACCUCGUCUUUCAGAACUGGGAGACGAUGCAGAGUGAAUUUGGAUGUAUGGCGAUGGGUGUCAAUCUCGUCAAUUCUCCGAACGAGAAGUACAGCCUCGCACAAGCCACGAUGUGCCCGGAUCGAGAAUUAUCUUCGAGGAACAUGAGCUUCGUGUUCGGAGUGUCGAACAGUCCAAUGUCGUUUGACUUCCCUCCUCAGGGCUGGACGUGGACAGUUCCCGUCGAUUUCCACCAACCCACCAACAGCUGCUCUCUUCGAUUCACGGUCGAUGGGGACUUGCAAUUUACCGUCCCGAUCAAUCCCGCGGACUAUGGACGUUCCAUUGCAUGGUCUCAGAGCCGUGUUCUGUGGAGCUCCAACACCAGUGGCCUGGGAGCGGUGGAGGUACAGGUCCAAGACAAUGGGAAUCUCGUCCUCGUCCACGAAGAUGGCAAGACUGUCGUCUGGAAGGCUCUGGACAUUCCCGUGCUGCCUCUCAAUGAAGCUGCAACUUCGACAACCGGAUGUCUGAUGACUGCAAUGUCGGCCGUUCUAGUCGCUCACGUGCUUCCGCUCCUCAUUAGCUGUUUAUGAUCCUGACAUACUUUUCCAGAGUUUGGACAUUCCAGGUUUCUGAAAGGAAGCGCAGGUUGUUAACCGAAAUCACCGAACCUCUGAGUAGAUUCGUCUCAGUCACUCACUGAGCUUGACUGAUACUGCAUUUCUAAGAUUGCAUUUGUAAUGUAAGCGGAAUCUUUUGCGCUAGAUCUAGAAGGCCAAUGUGUACUGGGAGGAGGUUUGAUUUUGCUUUACCUCCCAAAAGGGAUCAGAAAAGUUUAGACAUCGUCCGAAUGCUGUGAGCUAUUGGAAUCAUAUUUUUGAGCUCAACGAAUUGGCAUGCUUCUGCUUCUGCAUUAGUUACAAGGAAUCGAACGAACGAGGAGUGUAGUAUAAUCCUUCUUUGGGGUAGAGGAAUGAAGUACAAAACCCUGUUGGUUUGUAUCAGAUCCUAGAACCCUAAAACUCGAUGGAGCUGGGGUAAACUUCAAGAAUUGUCAAUGACUCUUGCUGAUUGUGAGAGAGAGAUCGACAGCUCAUCAGAUUCUUUAUGACAGUGACUUCUUAGCCUUUUGUUUUUUGUCGUGAUGAACAGCCAACACAAGUCAAACUCUUGUAAGUGACAUUUCAGUGUCUUCUGCAUCGAGCAGCUAUGCAAACGUAGGAACUGACGCGUUGACGUGAUUACAGCUUGCUAAGAACGUCGUAGAACUCGAAACCUGAGUCGUUCACCGGACAUUUUCCUAUUUGAUGUCGUUUUCUGUAUUAUUAUACAACAGCAGAAGUAUAAUACACAUAUGUGUACUCUCAUUUUCAC